AAAACAUUCAAACUCAGAAACGAUUUUGACAUUCAUCAUUAACUGGUGAAGUAAUGGUUAAUUACUGAAUGGCUUGAUGUGUUUUUUUAAUAGUUAUUGAGGAGAAUGCUGCUGAUUUGCCUGUGGGUGAACUGUUGCAUAGAGCCAACAGAGGCAUCGUUCCUGAACCUGAUGAGCCCAAGCUAAUGGAUGAUAUUGCUGUGAAUGAAAAAAAUGCUGAUCCCUGCACAUCCUAUGGUUGCCUUUGGCAAAAGUACAGCGAUGGCAAUAUUUGGGUACCUUAUGUCAUUGCCAAUCACUACUCCUCCAGUGAGCUACAAGCAAUUCAGCGUGGUCUGGACUCUUUCUCGUCUGUCUCCUGUAUUCGUUUUUUCCCUCGUUCCAAUGAAAGAGACUACAUCAGCAUUGAGUCUCGCAGUGGAUGCUACUCAUACGUCGGUCGUCAGGGAAAUGCCCAGACUGUGUCUCUGGCCCGUAAUGGCUGUAUUUACCACAGUACUAUUCAGCAUGAGCUGCUCCAUGCUCUUGGCUUCAACCACGAGCAAACCCGCAGUGACCGCGACAGUUACAUCCAGAUCGUCUGGGACAACAUCCAAGAUGACAUGAAGUACAACUUCAACAAAAUCAACACCCUAAACCAGGGAACUUCCUAUGACUAUCGUUCUGUGAUGCAGUACGAGAGAUAUGCUUUCUCAAAGAAUGGCUAUGCCACUAUGGUCCCUAUUCCAAAUAGCAACGUUCAGCUGGGCGGAGCUACUCAGAUGAGCCAGAAUGACAUCACCAGACUCAACAGACUCUACAAUUGUUAGAGACCUGAAUAACCUUCAGCACCCUGACAUGCAGCACAGAAAACAUGCAGAAAAGACAUUCAUCGCAGUCUCAAUCUCCCUGAUGGUUUUGUCUCCUGUGCUCACUUUAUCAGUUAUGUAAUAAGCAAAAUAACACACCAAUAAAGCUUUAAUGAAUAAGAA